AUGGGCACUGUGACUGACACGGCAGCCAUCAUGUGGCUGGAGCGCGACCUGCAGAAGUUGAGGCUCAAGCUCAACAUUCAGAACUACCCGAGCCCGCUGCCCCCCCUGCCGUACCCGUACUUGCUGCAGCGGGCGAUGUUCAAGCCGAUAGGCGAGGCGCAGGUGACGCCGACGCAGAAGAUGGCGACCGCGCUGGGCCAGGCCUUGGCGCACUACGAGGAAGAGGGCACCAAGGCCAAGGAUAAGGCGAAGGAGAAGAAGGAUGACUUCAUGGGCAUCCCACUCGGCAAGCGCCCCGACGCGCUGGCGAGGGCAGUCCUGUUCCGCAUGUCGGAGGCCGUGGAGGACAAGAAGGACGCGGUGCUGGCGGCCGUGGAGCAGGGCAUCGAACCGCAGGCCGCCGAGGCCGCGCUGGACGAGCUCCUGAAGUUCGGGAAGAUGGUGCAGGACCCGCAGUUGAAGUUCGCGGCGACGAGGUGCUUCAAGGUGAAGAGCAAGAACGACGAGGGGGGCAUGGAGGCAGGAGAGUGCAAAUGGAUCUUCGCGGUGAACCACUACCCAGGGCUGAAGGAGUCGCUGAAGGUGCUGAGGCGCAAUGGCGCUCUGGCCGCUGUCGGGGCGAGCCUCCAGUGCGACAUCGCGACGAGGUCGACGGCGGCGAAGGAAGUGGAGUCGUUGGCGCUCAAGGGCGGCAAGGGGACGCAGACGAACAGGAGCAAGAAACUCAGGAAGAAGUCUGGGGCCUGCUCUCUCAAAGUCGACCUCUGGACCCGUCCCGUGGAGCGUCUGGGCCAGGAUUUCGAGGCGACUGCAGCCGCGGCGACGAAGAUCUUUCGGACGGAGGGCGUGUGCUCCUUGCCCACCGGCAAGACGCCGGAGUACUUCAUCAAGUGGGUUCAGAGGGCGCUUAAAGAGUGGUCGACGCCAGCAAUCCAAGACGAGGUGAAACGAUUCGGGCUGCUGCCAGAGAAGCCUGUACUGACGGGCCUGACCUUUGUACAGAUCGAUGAGUUUUAUCCUAUCUCGCCGGAACAGCACAACAGUUUCUACCAUUACGUCACGAAUUUUUACAUCAAGGGCUUUGGGCUUGACCCUAAUAAGGCGCUGCUGAUGGACUGCUCCAAGAUCGGCCUCGGCAGCGCCGGGCCCAGCUUCGGGCCGACCGGCGAGCCGCAGGACCACGUGAGCAUGGACAGGAUGGAGGAUGUCUGGCCUGACGGCAGCGUCGACCUGUCCCUGCGCUGGAGGGAGCCCGGCAACCACCUGGAGCGCGCCCAGCAGCGGGUGCUGCGCCAGGUGGACCAGUGGUGCGCCGAGUACGAGGCGAAGAUCCGCGCGCUGGGCGGCAUCGGCUUCUUCAUGGGGGGGAUCGGCGCGCCUGCCUCGCUCCGGGGGCUGGACCAGCUCAACUACCAGUCCCAGGCCGCCGCGGCCGGCGACCUGGGGGGCAUCGAGGCGGUCCGCCGCCGGAAGGUCAUCACCAUCGGUCUGGGGACCAUCACCUACAACCCGAAGUGCGUCGCGCUCAUCCCCGGGGGGGGGAGAGGGGAGAGGUCUCGGCGGCGGUGCAAGUUGUAG